ACAUUCUUCUUUCUUUUUCAGAGACAAUGCAUUGGUUUAUGCACUCAAUGUUACUUAACCUAUUAAUUUACGCCAAUUCUCAUAUUUACUGAUCCCUGCUUCAAUUAAGUUACACACACAAAGCAUAAUGCCUAAGCAACUCCAAAAAUCUCUCUCAGAUUAUCUCUCAAAGAGAAAAAAUAAACCUACCCCACAACCUCAACCUUCUAAUUCAUCCAAUAAAACUCUCUCAUCUUCUACUAGUUGGUUGCUUCGAGGAUGUAGGCACCCCAAAACGCCAUCGUUUUCGGCUGUUGAUCGCAAAGAUAAGCAUGCACAAGGCAAAGAUGAUGCUGCAACACUUACAGAUAUUGAUCAUUUCCUCUUUGAGAACUUCAAAUCCUUUUAUUCCAAAGAUGAUGAUACUGAAAUUGAAGCCAAAACUAGUAAUGAAUCCAAUAACAAUAGCAUCAUAGUGAAGAAGGGCAAGAAAGAAGAUAUUAUUGCUCCAAAAAAUGAAGAAAAUGCAGGAGGUUCGAAUUCUUUGUCCGAAUCCCCAAGGUAUGUCAUCCCGCCAUCAAAUCUUCGUUGCUCUCGUCGGUUUUUUAUGGCACCUGGAUCAUCAAGCUCACUAAUCGAAGAAGCACGUACAAGCAUGACAGUUUCUGACGACACUGGAUCCACCUCUGCCAUCACAACCACCACGACUAACACCGUUUCAAAUGAAUCAUCAGCAAUUAGUACCGAUUGUUCAAAGGAAACAACGAAUGCGGAUGAUUUUAUUACAGUCGUCACGUAUUCUCCAAGUCCUUACGACGAUUUCAGGCAAUCGAUGCAGGAAAUGAUGGAGGCAAGGUUGAAUGACAGAGGAAAAAUCAAUUGGGAAUUUAUGGAAGAGUUGUUGUUUUGUUAUCUAAAUUUGAACGAUAAGAAAUCGUACAAGUACAUACUUAAUGCGUUUGUGGACCAGAUCGUCGUUUUACGUGAAAAUUCAGGUAGAGUACCGGUGAUAUCACGAAAUGUUCGAGCAUUGGAUUUGGCUGGGGAAUUAAACCAAGGGAAUACGUAACGUAAGAAAUUAGUCACAUGUUUAAUUUAUGUAUUGAUAGGGGGAGGAACAAUGAAUUGUUAUUUUUUGUUGCUUCACAUGCAAACAUCAAUAUUUAUUUUUCGUCAAGUCACUUUAU